UCCAGUUCCAGUUCCAGUUCCAGUCGUACAAUGCCGAGACCGGUCGUCACUUAUCUGGACGACGCGGGGCUGUGGCCGGUGCUCUCGCGGGGCUUCUCGAGCCGCUUACCGCUGACCAACCUGACCUGGCAGAGCGGGACGAGUCGCCGCCACCGCAUCGCAGAGCUCGACAUCCAGCUGCAGCCAUUCUCAAGCACAGCCAGCUCGGCGGGCAAGACUGCAGACCGGAUGGGCGCACUCGCUGCCGACCCAGCUUCACCAUUCCUGCAUCUCUUCAUUGUCAACUGCGAGGACACUGACCAGUACAAAGCCAAGGUCAAGCAGACCAUUGCCGAUUGGCUAGAGUCAUUCAAGGGCAGUUACAAGCAGGAAUGGCUGAUCAUCUACGCAACCAUGCCGACGAGCGCGACUGCCACCAAGCCAAAGCUACAACUCUCAAAGCUUCAGCUUCGCAAUGUAUACGAUCGCAUCAAGAGCGACUUUGAUGAAAAGAACAACAGAUGCAUCCAGUUCCGAGGAACAGAGGGCGAGGCAAAGCUGGCCGAAUCGUGGGACGAACUCUUUGGCAAGGUGCAAAACUGUCUGAUGAAAGCGUUCGACCGCCGGGUGGUCAAUCUGGAGGACAAUUUGCGAAAAGCCCUUGCCACGCGGCACAUGCCUGGCUGGAACUAUUGUGCAUUUUUCAUCAUGAAGGAGUCGCUUGCCUUUGUGUUUGACACGAUGACGUUAGCGGAAGAAGCGCUUUUCCAAUAUCUUGAGCUGGAUGUCUUGUUUGCCGAGUCAGUUGCGCUUGAGCGCUCCAGGAACAACGGCACUAUUUCUUGGAUGGAGCACUUUGGAGGAGAUCAACCAAACGACGACUCGGCGUCCAUUUUCGACCCGUACCGCAAGCCAUACCGUGAUUUGAUUCAACAGAACGCCGUCACCAUGUUUGACUUUCGUGUGUACUUGUUUGCGAAGAUCGCCUCCUUCUUGCGGCGGUUGGAGCGUUCUCUCGAAGUGACGAGACGCGCCUACGGCUUCAUCACUGAGCUCGCCUACACCAUGUCGCUGCACUCGCACCUAUCGUCCGCUUGGAUUAGCUCGUGGGUGUUUUCCUCGUGUCUCGAAACGCUGUCGAGCGAGAGCACGAUGGACUCGUUCGUUGACCAGCAAAACGUGGCUGUCAUUCGGGCAGACUUGUGCGCAUACGCGCGCGAGCAACUCGACCAGCUCGGAGUGCGAUGCGGCUUGCUUCCAUGCCGCCGCCCGUUUGCGCAACACGCCGCAGUUGAAGAGCUUUUGCAUCCACAGACGCCGCCCAUGUUUGUCAUGAAGAGCAGCCAAAGCGCCACAUUCACCCCCUCUGCCACCAAAACACCUCCUCGGCGAAGAUCGAGCAGCUCGGGAGCUGCCUAUAUUGCUGCUAUCGCACCACAGGAAGGACCGAGCGGCGCGGCCAUCAAGCCAAGCGCAUCGGCGUCAGAUGUGCACACUUCGCGUGACGCGCCUUCCUCGGAUUCCGCGCCGCCCACUGCUCCUACCACAGCCACAGCCACUACCACAGUGGUUCCACUCGAUUCUGCGACGAACACCAAUCAGUCUGAUCGCACCACUCCGGCCGAAUUGAUGAAGCAUAUUACGAGCCCGAAGCUCCGGAUGGCGUUGGACUCGCCAGACGCAUUCGAUGCGCUGUAUGCACAGCUGUGCGAGCUCGCGAUGGACGAGUGUGUUCGCUCGAUGCGAUCGCGUCAAAUCCUUCCGAUCAAGCACAUGCUUGCGGAGCUCAUGUUCCACCGUGGUCACUACGAGCACGCCGAGCAAUUGUUUGGAAGCAUGUGCGACUUUUACCUGCAUGAAGGCUGGCCGAUUUUGGACUUUGAUGUGCGCCGCAAGUUUUCCGUCUGCCAAAAGCUCCUUGGGCACUUUGAGGCUUACUCGCGGUCCUGCAUGCUGCUCAGUUCGACGAUUGCGCCGCUGCCGUUUGCGGAUCGGCUCUACUACUUUCGCGAGCUCAUGGGUGCUGCGCAUCCCGACAACUCUGGUACGCAAUCUAUUCGCUGCAGCUUCAAUCAGCUGAUUGCUGUCCAAACGGGCCGCUUGUGGCAUGCGUCUGCGUUUGACGAGUGGAUUGGCAGUCAGACUGUGAAGCGCACCACUCUGGCCCACACAUCCGUGCGCCGAUCUUCAGUGGCGAAUCAAAUUGAUGUUACGCCGACAGAUGAAGGAGCCGCAACUGCCAGCACCUUACUGGUAGAAAAGGCCGUCUCGCUCUUGGGCGCCCGCCCGUAUGCCGAGGCCUUCCGCGCCACAGCGUCCAGUGCCGGCUAUCAGUUUGAUGAUGUUUCCCUGGACGACGGAAGCUUUGCGGCGUCAUUCUCAUUAACAACCCUGGCCGCAGCAUCAUCAGCAUCAUCAGCUGCAGCAGCAGUAACAGCAGCAACAGCAUCAUCAACAGCAACAUCUUUUUCAACAACAACGACAACCACAACAACAACAACACCUUUCGCAGCAUCAACGUUACCAGAGUUGAACAAACUCCAAUUUUCUCGCUCGCUCAAGCCAUCCGCAGCGCCGCUGCGCGCUCCUACCUCGCUUGAAGUGGCCGCGUGGGACCACCAAGUGCGGUUCCAGGCAAGCAUGCAGAACGCAGAGGUUGUGCCGACCUCGGGCGUCCAUUGGACAUCCGAGCUGCCGGCUACAGCCUGGCCCUACCCUCCCGGGCAUUUGCAUGGUCGACUGCUCUCUGUGGUUGGUCAAGCCGUUGUUGUUCCACUGACCAUAACGAGUCACUUUCCUGAAGCUCUGCCAUGUCAAGCUCUUCGCGUGUUCCUCACGUCUGUUGAAACGGAGGUCAAGGUGACGGAAGCACCAGCCGUUCCGACGAAUGCGGGUUUCGGAGCUCCAGGCCAAGGGGAGAUCAGUGAUUCAUCGAGCUUUGCGUCUGCAUCCAUGCAGCGCAGCGCUAGCGGAUCCAAUCUAACCGGCGUCGUUGUUGGAAGCACCUCCGCAAGUACCAAUUCCUCGGCGGCAACUCCCAGCUCUGGGCCCAACUCGUCCCGAUUCAGUUCGCCUGCGCUCUCUGCAUCACCGUCAACCCUCUCCAAGCUGAUGAAACGAGCGCCUCCUGCUCCGUCUCCCGCUGCUCCGUCUGCACCAAGCUCGAGUGGCUCAUCGGGAUCCGGCGCAUCCACAACACCGCACGCUUACGCUGCGCCAGCCUCAGCCGCCGCCCCUGCUAGCAACGGGACAAAUCAACUCGCAGUCGGCGCAUCGACUUCUUCCCUGUCGGGACUGAUGAGCGCAGCCACCGGAUUCUUUGGCCGAUCGUCGCCUGGGCUUUCCACAAGCACCACUACUGCAGCUGCUUCGACCAGUGCUGCUGUUCCGAAAGACCCUGUUGUGGUGACCGCUGCGACACCACCACCUUUGAUCCCGGUUUCACCACCCAGCUCUGCUGGAGCCACGUCCGCGGAACAACAAGCUGCUGCUGGCAACGACAAAGCCCAGAUGCUUGAUGUGGCGAGUCCGUUGAACAACCGCUCUCGAUCGUCAUCCAUCUCAGAGGGCAGCGCGGCAGCGGCAGCAGCAGCUCGGUCACGCGCUUCCAGCGGCAUUAUUGGCGACACUACCCUCGAUCGACGAUCGCCGGCCUUCUCACAGGCAGGAAUCGACGCUGCAGAGUUUGCGCAGAUUAUCGCUGCUGGCCCAAACGGUGGCCCCGCUCCUGUUUCCAGCACCCUCUUGCCUAUUCCGCAGCAGCAACGAACUGUGACAACUCAAUUCUACAGUGUGCAGCUGGAAGUUGGUGACUUCAUUUUGCAGCCAGGCGAGAACACUGUCGCAUUGCGAGGAAUCAUGCCGAUUGCCGGUCUCUUCCGUUUCGGCGCCGUUCAGCUCGUGAGCGACAACCUGACCCUGACAUCGGACGAACUGUGGUCUCUCCCGACUUCCGUUGCAGUGCAUGUCGAGCCUCUCAAACCCGCGUUGGGGAUUGCGCUCGUCCCACCUGUGCUUGGAUUUUACUGUGCGCUCCAGGAGCAGGAGCUGCAGGUCGAGGUGGCGUCGCAUUCUGACGGCAUCAACGGCGGACGCCUCGAAAUCGAUUUUGCUUCCUCCAUGGUGCAGUUGCAAGCGGCAUCUGUGCGUUUGCGUCACCGGUUGUCUGUGACACCGUCCACGCCUGAAGCCGAUCAAGCCCUCCUGCCGUUCGUUCCAGACACGAUUGGAUUUGACGGCCGGUGUGUUCCAUUGCUUCCUCUCGAGGAGCACACCAGUCUUCGCAUGCACCUCCCUGUCAUGUGUUCACGGCGCGGUGUGCCAUCGGCCGAGAUGGUGACCGUCAAGGCAGAGUACAUGAAUGCAAAUGGCAUCCCAUGCUCGACUUGUGUUGAGCUUCCAGCAGUCACUGGCGACCCAUUCGAUGCGCAGUUUGUCAUUGAAACAUUUUCCCAGCGCGCAUGCGUCCAAGUUCGUUUGAAAUCGCACUGUGCCGUGCCAGUGAAAUUGCUGUCAAUCCAGCUCACGACAUCCAGGCCCGGAGCAGUGCUUGUAAGCGGCAAUGCCGCCCUUGUUAAUCAGACGCUCGCUCCGGGCUCGGAGGUUUCGCUUGCGUGGGUCGUCACACUUCCCGCGGAUGGGGUGGCUGAUUCCAAGACCGAUUUUGAGCUUGCCGUGAGUUUCGGACUGGACGAAGCUGUGCUCGCACCAUUCCAGCUUACAGCAAUGGAUGUGGUGCCGACUGUGGAUAAACCUUGGACAUUCCGAACCACGCACCAGCUUGAAUCGUGGAUGCCGCCCUUUACCGUGGAUAUGGCGCCAUCAACCACACCUCUGGAGCGCAGCAAUUCUGCGUUGCUUCCAGGACACCGACGAUCCCGGACUGUGGAGCACAGCACUCUUGUUCUGGGCGAAGCAACUUCGUUUGAAAUGCGCAUUCGGCGUGUGGCCCAAAACACUCUGCCAGCAGCGCCUUCUUCGAUAUACUACACUCUGCAGGUUCGUUCCGAUAUGUGGAUGGUGGCCGGGCGCGACCGCGGCGUGCUCAAGUUUGACACUUCCAACGAGGAGGAAGCCGUCGUGCAGUUCUCGCUCAUCCCGAUGAUGAGUGGCGAUCUCCUUUUACCAAAUGUGGAACUUUCCAGCUCCUCGACUCGAGAAGCUCUCUCUCAUCGGUCCUUGUACCGAUCGCGUCAGCUUGCAGUGCGAUGAAAAUCUGUUUCUGGGGCUGGCUGCACAUUGUGGAAUUUUGCCAGGCUCCUAAAACCCUUCCUCUCGUCCCCAAGGUUUUGCUUUUACGAACAGCCAUUUUGUGAAGGGCUGAUGGGCAUUGUUGAUGGUAAACUUGUCACAACUAAACAACAAAUGAUGCAAACACCG